AUGAAACGUUCAAUAGUGAUAAAUAAUUCAAUUGAUAAUAAGAAAAUAAAUGAAUAUCAUAAACAACAACGAAAACGUUCGUUAGAAGAUUCAAAUUUAAUGAUGAAAUUAAAAAAACGUCGACAUCUUUCUCCACAAUAUGAUAAUAAUAUCACUUCGUCAUCUAUGAAAAUCAAAACAAAACAACGAUCUUCAUUAAAUAAUUUAACUGUUAGAACGAAAAAUACUAGUCAAACAUCUCGUAAAUCUUCAUCUCGUCGUUAUUUAUUUUCAACUGAACAUUUAAAUAAAAUUAAUUUACCUAAUUGGGAAUGUAUAUCACCAAAUAUUAACCAAAUCUUAUCAGAUAAACAUACAAAAUCAGGUGUUUAUGCACAUGAAAUACAUCUUAUUCAACAAGAACUUGAAGCUCUUUUAUCUAUGUCUAUGAUACGUGAAAAUAUUCUUCAUUCAAUAAAUUUUGAUAAUUUAAAUUUAAAAAUUCAUCAACAUCAACAAGCUGAAUAUAUUUAUUCAUCUAAAUGUAUUCCAAAAAAAUUCUUACCACCAUUAAUUAAUCAUCAACAACAUCAACAUAAUGGUCCACAUAUAUUACUUGAUCGACAAGUAUCAAUGACAUCAAUAACAGAUGCACAUAUUGAUAAAAUUUGGUCUGAUAUAAAUACAUAUUAUCGUCAAAUAUCAUUAAAUGAUAUAUCGACAAUUAAAAAUUUUCUUGAAUUUAAUCAACAAUUAAAAGAAAAAAUUUUUAAAUAUAAAAAUUAUUAUAAAAAUAAUAAAUUAACUCAAUUAAAUAUAAUUGAACAAUUAAAUAAAGAAAAUUUUCAAGAUUUAUUAAAUUUAACACAAAUUAAUCCUAUAAUUACACAUUAUAUAAAUCGAACAGCUCUAGAACGUUUUCAAACAAAAUUAUAUGAACAAGUACAACAUACAUCAUCUAUGAAUAAAAAUCAAUUUUCUACAAAAUCAUUAAAUUAUGAUUUUAAUUCUAAUUCAUCAUUACGAUGUUCACCACGUUUACAACCAAAUUAUCGAACAGAUCUUUUUUCUCAACUUAAUUUCAAAUCAGAUGAUGAUGAUGAUCAUCGACAAUCAUCAAUACUCAAACGCAAAAAGCAAACAAGAUUUACAUCGAUGAAUUCAUCUUUAUCAAUAAAAUUUCAAGAACAUAUUCAAUUAGUUCAUGAUUAUCUAACUAAUCAACAUUCAUUUACAAAUCAAUAUCUUAAACAACAAUUCAUUAAUGAUAUUAAAUUAAAUAAAAAACGAAAAACUUCAAUAAUAAAACAACAAUCUAAAGAUAUAUUUGAAUCAAAACUUUCAACAUUAAUAUCAUUAUUACAUGAAUGUUCAUCAUUAAGUUUAUAUGCAUUAAAACGUGCAAAUUUACAAUAUAAUAAUGAACAAACAUGGAAAAAAUUAAAUAAAAUUGAAUAUGAUCUUGAUUUAUUAAUACAAGAUAUUGAUAAAUCUAAUAAUAGUAAAAAUACAAAAAAAACAUUUCAAACAUUAGAUCAUUUAUUAAAAGAUUGGAAAAAAUAUGAAUAUGAUUUCGAUAAUCAAUUUGAACAAUUAUUUGAUAUUAAUAUUUAA